AUGGGUGAUAUACAGGCCAACCAGGGAUAUCAGCUAGGGGUUGACGUCGGAGGCACGUUUACAGAUGUAUACGUUCUUACUCCGCACGGUGAAACCGUUCGAGCUAAAGUCCCGACUACUGGCGAAGACCAGAGUAUUGGCAUUAAAAACGGGAUUGUGAAAGCCCGCAAAUUACUUCAAGAGCGAUUUGGCUGGUCGGGUAAAUUCCAAUUCAUGCAUCAUGGCACUACAACUGCCACAAAUGCCGUCCUAGAGGGAAAAGGUGCUCGAACUGCACUUAUAGUCACAGCGGGGCAUAAAGAUAUUCUGGCAUUGCGCCGUUCUCAAAUACCUGGUGGUUUAGGAGCAUGGUUGCAUUUCACGCCACCUGAGCCAAUUGUGCCGCUCGAAAGAGUUGUACAGUGCAAGGAGCGCAUGUCUGUGCAUGGCGAGCCGGUGACUGAUGUCGACAUUGAGGAUUUGCGGCAGAGUCUACGAGAGCUGGCUCAUGAAAAUCCCGAGGCCGUUGCUAUCUCGCUUUUGAAUUCUCAUAGUAAUGACGCACAUGAGAAAGUCGUCAAGGAGAUAGUCCGUGAAGUACUCGGUGAGGUGGUUGAAAUUGUUUGCUCUGCUGAGGUCCUUCCUGAAGUCGGAGAAUAUGAACGGACUGUGACAACGUGUACCAAUACACUUGUGAAGCCUGUGGUUCAAAAUUAUCUCCGAAACCUCUCCAAUGGUCUUGCAGAGCACACUGAUACGAUCCACGUUCUUAAAAGCGAUGGAGGAUUGACUAGUCUUGAUCUUGCUUCCGAGCUCCCGGUGAAUAUAUUGAUGUCAGGGCCUGCUGGUGGUGUUAGAGGAGUGGCGGACGUGGUGACUAGGAGCACACCAUACAAGAACCUCAUCACCCUUGACAUGGGCGGAACAUCCACGGACUGUGCUGUGAUCUACAAGGGACAGCCUCAAUUGCGACGCGAGACGGUUGUCGGACACCUCUCAGUCCGUGCGCCUGCAGUUGAUGUCAAGACCGUUGGAGCUGGCGGCGGCUCGAUAACAUCGUACAUGGAACUCACCGAGACCCUCCGGGUGGGUCCCGAAAGUGCAGGCGCACUGCCUGGGCCUGCAUGCUAUGGAAAGGGUGGGCGACAAGCAACUGUCACAGAUGCGAAUGUCGUUCUCGGGUACCUUCCGAAGACACUGCUCGGUGGAGAGUUUGAACUAGACGUCAAUGCAGCAAUUGCGGCUGUUACUGAGAUUGCAGAUCAGAUGAAGCUUCCUGUAACGCAGACUGCAGAGGAUAUAAUCACCAUUAUCAAUGAAACCAUGUAUGGUGCUCUGAGGCUGGUGUCUGUCGAGCAGGGGUAUGAUCCUCGAGAGUUUGCUCUUGUGGCGUUUGGAGGUGCCGGUCCUCUCCAUGCCAAUGCUGUUGGUCAGUUACUUGGCGCUUGGCCUGUCAUAAUUCCCCCGUCGCCUGGCAUUCUCUGCGCACAGGGUGAUGUGACCACAAAGCUGCGGCAUGAACAGUCUGCCACUUUCAUCCACAUGGUAUCUGAAGUGACGGUGCAUCAAGUUCGGAUACAAUAUAAGUCUUUGGAGCAGCAGGGCCGAGAGACUCUCCAGCGAUCAGCCAGCGAUUCUUGGCCAGUGACCUGGAAACCCCAAUAUCAAGCCGAUCUGAGAUAUAAGGGUCAAGCUUUGACGAUCACUAUAGAUUUUGAUGAGGAGGAGCUCCUCUUGGAUACAGCUGAAUGGCGUGGAAUGCUUCGGGAAAAAUUUGACCGCCAGCAUCACCAGAUGUUCACCUACUGCCUAUCCGAUUUUGAACUGGAGCUAAUGAGACUUGGCGUUGUUUUGGAAGAUUCAUCCCCAAGCAUCGAGAUUCCCGAGGUCAUUGGAUCGAUGACAGUCGAACCUCCUCCCGAAGCAAAGAUUGGAGAACAAAAUAUUAUUGUGCAGGGCAAAGAGCAGCUCGCCACCCUGUGGGACCGACAGAAAAUCACCCAGCGAGGAAUGACAGUUCAGGGGCCGUGUAUCAUCUCGGAAAUGGAUAGCAACACACUUAUCCUGCCUGGCUACUAUGGCGAGAUUGAUAACAUUGGCAAUGUUCUAAUCAAUCCCUUGAAAGAAACCCCAGUGGCUGGAACGGAUCAUACUGCGGAGAAGGCCGCAGAGUUAGUCAAGACGACUCCUGCAAUUCCAACUUUGAUAUCUUCAACUCUUGCAUCUAUUCGAGGUGAGAUGGAUACCAUGAUGCUUCGGUGUAGCAUGUCGCCUGCUAUUCGCGAACAGCAGGAUGAAUUCAACGUCAUCACCAAUGCUGAGGGAAAGAUGCUUGUUGGCCAGUUCGGGAGUUUCAUCACCGAGUUUCUCGAGAUUUGGACAGGCACCAUUGAGAAGGGGGAUGUGUUCGUGACUAACGACACUUAUCAAGUCCAAGGUGCUAUCAGCCACCUCAACGAUGUAAUCGUAUUUAUGCCCAUCUUCCAUGAGCAUACACUGAUCGGAUAUGCCUCACAAUUUGGCCACCUGACAGAUGUGGGUGGUAUUGUACCCGGGAGUAUGUCCAUCAAUGCCACAUCUGUUUUCGAUGAUGGUGUACAAAUUCCUUGCAUCAAGUUAUACGCUCGAGGCAUCAUGAACAAUGACCUGGUAGAGCUCCUAUGCCGCAAUUCUCGGCAGCCUGCAUGGUAUCGCUCGGAUCUGACCGCUAUUGUGGCGUCGUGUUCUAUGGCUGCAACGCGAGUACGCGAGCUGGCGACUCGGUUUGGCCGCGAGGUCUAUCUGGCUUCAUGCGAUGAGCUGUUAUACAGAAACCGCAGUGGCUUUGCAAAGAUUGUUCAGCGCCAAUUUGAUGAUAAGAAGAGCGUAUUCACCGAUUUUGUCGACGAUGAUGGCCACGGCGUUGGUCCGUGGGCACUGCGUUGCUCCAUGGAAAAGAUUGAUGGUGAGCGACUGCGCUUUGAUUGGAAUGGCAGCUCUCCUCAGAGUCAACACGGCAUCAACUUUUAUCUUUCUGAAACCAUGUUUAAAAUGUUCAUCGGGUACUAUCUCCUUGCAGCAGCCGCACCUGGAACUGUCAUCAACGAUGGUUUUCAUGAUCUAAUUGAUGUGUCCAUCCCACAAGGCAGUGUAUUGAAACCCGUCAGACCUGCACCUAUCUCCUGUCGUACUCACCUCAUGGGUCGGACACUAGACAUCGUACAAGCACUGAUCGGCCAGAAAGACGACGCAUACCAAGCUGCAGCUGGCUUCAGCGACUCACCCCAUUUUUUCUAUUCCGGCUUCAAGCCUACUGGCGAAUGGUACCAGCUGUACCAAAUUGGAUUCGGAGGCGUUCCAGCCCGGCAGGCUGGCGAUGGUCCAGAUUGCCACUGCCUCUUUCCAGCAAUCAAGUCCAUCCCCACUGAAAGCAUUGAGUUGAAUUACCCUCUGCGUAUCGAAGCGAAUGAAAGUGUUGCCGACAGUGGCGGGCCAGGGUUUUUUCGAGGCGGCAAUGCUCAACGAACCUUGUACCGAUUUUUAGCCCGGGGAGAGUUCAGUCUGCACGACGACCGAUGGUUCACCAAGCCUUGGGGUCUUAAAGGAGGCAAGCCUGGCCAGAGAUCUCGGAAGGUGCUUUACCGCUACUCUCAAUCGGCAAAGAAGCCGCCUACGGCAAUUUUACCGUCAAAAUGUGAUCACAUUCGUGUCGACCCAGGUGAUCUUCUCGAGUGGAUUACUUGGGGUGGAGGCGGUCUUGGGGACCCUUUAACGCGACCGGCUAACAAAGUCGCACUAGAAGUUCGCCGCAAACUUGUCACGGUAGAUGGGGCCCGCAAAGGGUAUGGUGUGGUUCUGAGCAGUGACCUCAGUGUUUCUUGGGCCGAGACUGAGGAGCUGCGGGCUCAGAUGCGGCUUGAGCAGGCUCAGCUGGAGGAGCUCCCCACGUAUGAUCGUGGUGGCGAUAUUGAGGCUCUAAGACAGACAUGUCUGCAGGAAACAGGGCUGAAGCCACCGGCCCCUCAAUGGGAGACCGAUUUGUAUGGCCCUCAUUGUGCGUUGAAGUACGUGAAGGAUUGGUAUGAGGAGAUGAAGGUUCAGAAAGGGUGGAGACUAGAGUAG